UGUUUAGAUGCAGCAGCAGCAAUAGCAGCGUCAGUCUGUCUGUCUGUCUGUGUUGUGAUGGGUGUCCUAUAUGCUCAUGGCAAUAUGUCUACUGUGCGGUGAAUGGUGAUGAAGGGAACCUGUCUGUGUGUGUGGUGACUGCUGGUGAAGUUUCUGUCUUUCUGUGUGAAGUGUGUCUACGCUUUGUGUGCUGUGUGGUGACUGGUGAUGAACUGUGCGUGUGUACUAGUGGUGAAAUGUAUUUGUGAUAAGUGUGUCUGUAUUGUGUGGUGAUUUAAGUGUGCCUGUAUCUGGUGGAAUGUCUGUGUGGUGAAUUUGUGUGUGUGUGUGUGUGUGUGUCCCUCCCUCCCUCCCGCUCACCAUCUACCACCAAGCAUCAUGGCAGUGGAGGGCAGCAGAACACUUCACUUCUUUGACUUGCCUGACAUCGUGAGGGAGAAGAUCCUGGGUUACCUGACCUUCGAAGAGCUGGCGCACCUCAGGAUCGUUUGUCGAAGCUUUGAUGCCAUUAACCAGAUGCUGCUGAACAAAGGGUUUCGGCAAGUGGAGAGGUACCAAGCCAAGUGUCUGAAGGAGGUGAAGAGUCAGUUGCCUCGACGGGAAUCAGAGCGCAGGAAUCAUCCUCUGUUCCGUCACUGUGACAUUCUCACUGCCAUAGAGACUCGUCUCUCGCUUCUGAACAUGACGUUCAUGAAAUACGUGGACAAUGAAAUGUGUUGCUUCAUUCCAGGCAAGGUCAUUGAUGAAAUAUACAGAGUAUUGCACUUCAUCCAGUCCCACAAAACGUUGCCGUGUUCACAUGAAAUCCUCACAGAACUUCGAGACAUAUCCAGCAUGGCCAUGGAACACUUUGAGGAAAAGAUUGUCUGUUCCUUAAAGCGUCCCGCUCUUUCUCCAAGCACCCCACGUUUCUCACUCAAAACAGCUUUUGCAACUCAUUCUUCACAGCCGGGAACCAGCGCUGCAAGUACUUCACUCAGCAAAUCCCAUUCUCUGCCAACAUCAUCAGAAGACUUGUCUGAUUUAGCAAACUCCAAUAAGUACUACAAACUGUACAUUGGUGCCAUGAAGAAAGAGUUCUUUGACAUGAAAUCAAAGGUAAAUGAACUGCGACGAAAGAUGAGUGAGCAAGAAAAAGUGGCUCUGGAGCAGAAUCGAAUCAUAUCUGAGCAGGCAAUUAAACUAACAAAGCAGGAAGGAAAACUUGCCGAGGUCAACCGUAAGCUGGCAGAAUAUGACCAGCGAAUGAAUGAAGUGCUGGGAGGAGCUGCCAACACAAGAGAUAAGCAAAGUGGAAGCUCAAGCAGCACAAGUAACAAGUGGGGGAGGGAGGACUCUUCCCAACAGUUCUAUGUUACUCAUGGUCUUCCAACUCCAGCAAUGAGUCCAGCUGUCUUUGUUCCUGCUAAUAUUAUACAGCCAAACUUGGUCAACUUGGCUGCAGCUUCCAUGUCAGCUCGUGCAUACCUCCCAUCGUCCCCUAUGACUGGAUUCUCUGGUGCUUCUUCUGGACAAGAAUCCUCAUCAAUGUUGAGCCAAACAAUUAAUUCCUCAGCUAGAUUUAGUGCCAGCCAUUGCAUACAAGGGGCCCUUGCCAGCUGCUGCACUACCCCUUCAGAGACCACCUCUCAGGUAGAUAAUAACUCUGUACGUGGAUCCACUGCCAGCAGUGAAGAAGGAUGCACGGACAAUCUGCAGUGCAAGAAACGUACAAAAAGAAAAUUCCUGGAUGAAGACGAAAAUAACGAUUCUCAUUCUAAACAGGCAAAGCUUUAAGAUCAGUAGCAUUUUAGGUUGACAUAUUGUAAUCUGCCCAAGUAAUUCUGUAUUUUAAUUGUUUCAUUUAGGUACUCUUAUAAAGCGAGAAGCUAAUGUGUAUAUUUCUCACUGUUAUACAAUUGUGUGAAAAAGAAUUUGAGAUUAUAUGACAUGUUUUAUGCUAAAAUUAUAUUGAAGGCAUCAUUAGGUCUAUUGUUUAGAAGUUUGAUUUGACUUUACACAUGCUAAUCUUGGCAUUCUUGUUUCAGUGUAACCUUUGUGUCUAUUCUCAUUGCCUUGUGUUUCAUUUGUGGUUCAAUAUUUACUACCUACUUUUUUUUCUUAGUUUGAUUAUUUUAUUUUACAAUAUAUAUAUAUAUAUAUAUAUAUAUAUAUAUAUAUAUAUAUAUAUAUAUAUAUAUAUAUAUAUAUAUAUAUAUAUAUAUAUAUAUAUAUAUAUAUAUAUAUAUUACACAUAUACAGACACUCCCUGACUUACAAACACGAGUUAUGAACAUCUGGAGAUACGAACAAGAAUCACUGCAAGUCCAAAUUCUGUUUGUCACUCCACUGUGGUUUCCAGUUCACCACACACCUUCCACCUGGUGCCAGUCUUGGCCAUUACUGAUGCCGGACUGUAGUGUAGUGAAGAAGAGAGGCAUCAUGAUGUUUACUUUCAACUCCCAACGUGUUAACACCUAUUUGAUUGUGCUCCAAGAUUAUUUUUGCAUACUUUUUAACUUUGUGAUUAUUAAUCAUGGCUGGUGAUAAACAGAAGUCUGGUGAUGAUAGUGGCAGAACUAGGAAGUAUCAAGCCAUCUCAAUGGAAACUAAGGUUGCUAUAAUAAAUUUAUUUGCAGAGAAAAAAUGUUAAAGGUAGCCUGCGCUUACAGCACAGUAGUACAGUGUUUGUGCAUUUCUUUCAUUUGUUUUGUUUUAUUAUUAUGUAUACAUUAUCUUUACACUGCAUACUAUACAGAUUGUUCAAACGCAACUUUUACACCCAAAGUAUUUUUACAAAAAUAAUGACUUACAAACAUAACUUGCGAAUAGCUGUCAGGAACCUAAAUCGUUCCUAAGUUGGGGAGUAUCUGUUAAACACACACACACGCACACACACACACACACACACACACACACACACACACACACACACACACACACACACACACACACACACACACACACACACACACACACACACACACACACACACACACACACACCUUAGGCAAGGGUAGGUUCGUUAACAAUGUAUCAGUUCAGUUUGUUGCAGCUUGAAUAGUGUACACACACAUGAGGUAAUAUUGCUACCUGUUGAGUCAUGAGUGGUAAGUGCAUAAUAAACACACACCAUCAAACAAAUAAGCUGGGGAAGCACUCUUUACUAGAGACCAGCACACUAUUUACAGUUGUGACAGAAGAUGACAUCCCUCCUUAUGUUGAUUUUCAUCCAUAAAGUAGAUAGUGCCAAACCUUGGCAUCUGAAAUCUUCUCUUGCCCUCAGUGUUUCUGUUUUGCCAAUUAUUACUGCAAAUUAACAUGAAAUAAAACAAACUACAAGGAAGAAAGAGCAUCUGAUGACCAAAGAUGCAUUUCCUAAGCUCUUGUAACUUUUUGAGAGAGAAUUCAUCCUUUGGUUCACUGUCAGUUGAGAGCAAUACUAAAUUGUUCACAAUAAGAAAAUGUACUGUGGUUAUUCAUGAGAAUUACAAAAUAAGGUUAUUGAAAAUAAACACCUUCAAAAUUAUAAGACGUUUAUUAGAAAAAACUAUGAAAGCAACACAAACACUUGAUUAAUUGUCUGAUGAUGAUGUUACUGAGUGCAAUAUUCUGUUGAUCCAUGGCAUGAUGCCACUGGAUCUUUACUCUUAAUGUUUGUGUCAUUAUCUAUUUAUCAUAUUAUAAAUUCAUCAACUUUUAAUGAACCAUUUAGGAAUGACUUAGGCGACUCAUCUCUGAGUGUGUGGUGACAGUCAGUUGGUCAGGGUGCAUCUUUCUAGACAUUCAUGUUUGCAUUUCUAAAAUUAAUGUAUAUAAUUAUAUUUACUUCAGUAAUACCACAUUGUAAAAUGUUAUAUUUUACACACACACACACACACACACACACACACACACACACACACACACACACACACUCUGAUAAUGGUUCGAGAUGAUAUAUAUGUGGAAGAAGUGCAAUAUGGAGAUGGCAUGGUGGAGGUCAUAGGUAUAACAAUCAGGACCAGUGGGGGAGAAAGGAGGAGGAUCAUAUUAACGUAUAUGUCACCGAAGAUUAAUACAUGUAGGUUGGAGGAUCACAAGGAAAUGCAAAAAGAAGUGUUGAAGUGCCUAGACAACAUGAUAAGGAGACAGUAAAAUACUACUAGUGGGAGACUUCAACUGCAAAAAUGUAAACUGGAAGGAGAUGGAAGUUUAUGGAAAUGCUGGACCGUGGAGUGAAGACAUGCAACAGUUAGCUAUGGUGAAUGCAAUGGACAAAUGGGUGGAAGAAUUUACAAGAUACAGAGGGGAGGAGGAACCAUCUAUGUUAGACCUGGUAUUCACAAAAAAAAGCGGAGCCCAGUCCAACCAUUAAAUACUUAAGCCCAAUGGGAAAAAGUGACCAUGUGGUGUUAGAAGUGGUACUGCAAAAUUGGGAGGUUAUACCAUGUAAGGAGGAUUAUAAAAAUGGGAGACUUAAUCAUGCAAAGACAAAUUUUACAGAGUUAAGAAAAUUCUUUGGGAGUAUUGAUUGAAAGGGACUUAUGGAAGGCAAGACAGUGCAAGAGAAAUACAAAACAUUCCUGAAAAAGUACAAUGAGGGUGUGCAAAAGUAUGUACCUGUAUAUAAAGUAAGGAGGAGCAAACAUAUUUAAUAUAAUGCCAGAUGUGCAGAAGCUAAAAAGAGAAAGGAUAUAGCUUGGAAGAAAUUGAAGAAACAAAGAAAUGAAAAUAAUAGAGAGCAGUAUAGGGAGGCAAGGAAUGAGUAUGUUAGAAUAAGAAGAGAGGAGAAACAAUUUGAAAAGGAUGUGGUAAAGAAAUGUGAAGAAGAGCCCAAGUUUUUUUACAGAUAUAUCAAUGGAAAGAUGACAAGCAGAGACCAUUAACAAGAUAGUAAAGGAAGGAAGGAUAUAUCAAACAGCAGAAGAAAUGAGUGAAAUUAUGAAUGAGAGUUUCAGGUCUGUGUUCAACAUGGAAGCGGGUUUUACAGAACCAAAAGAGGAGGAGAAGCAGGGGGUUUAUGGGAAGUCUUGGUGCAAAAAUAUGAAAGUGGCAAAUUGUUACAGGAGCUGAAUGUCAGAAAAGCAAUGCAGCCUGAUGGAGUGUCAGGUUGGACACUAAAAGAAUGUAGAGAACAAGUGGUGGAGCCAAUAUAGGAUGUGAUUAACAGCCCACUGAUAGAGGGAAGAGUACCAAGAGAGUGGAAGAGAGCAAAUAUAGUGCCAAUAUACAAAGGAGGAAAGAGGACUGAGCCACUAAAUUAUAGACUGAUGUCGCUAACUAGUGUUGUGGGAAAGAUCUGUGAAAUAGUGAUCAAAGAAAAGUGGGUGAAAUAUUUGAAAGAACGAAGUUAUAACAAAAAGUCAAUUUGGUUUCAGAAAAGGAAGGUCAUGUGUGACAAAUUUACUAAGUUUCUAUACAAGAGUAAUAGAUGUACAAAACAUAGAUGGGUGGUAGAUGCAGUGUACUUGAACAUCAAAAAAGCUUUUGAUAAGGUUCCACAUAAAAGACUGCUGUGGAAGAUGGAGCAUAUAGGGGGACUGAGAUGGACAAUGCUAAAAUGGAUGAGAGACUACUUAAAGGACAGAGAAAUGAGAAAUGUGAUCAGGGACAACUGUUUAAGUUGGAGUAAUGUAACAAGUGGAGUACCACAGGGGUCAAUGUUAGCACCCAUUAUGUUACAAAUAUACAUCAAUGAUAUGCAGGAGGGUUUGACCAGUUAUAUCAAUCUGUUUGCUGAUUAUGAAAAAUUGUUAAGAGUAAUAAAGAGCCAUGUUGAUUGUAUAGAGUUGCAAAGAGAGAUUGACAAGAUUUAUGGGUGGAGCAAGAAGUGGAAAUUGGAAUUCUGUACUAAGGAAUGCCAUGCGAUGGAAUUGGGAAAGAGUAAAAGGAGACCUGCAUGGGACUAUAAAAUGGAGGAGGAAAUAAUUAUGAGGAGCAAGGAGGAAAAAGACCUAGGAGUCGUUUUCAAGAUACCCUGACCCCAGAAUGGCAUAUAAAGGAGAUAUUUGGCUCGACAUACAGGAUGUUAACAAGUAUUAGGGUGGUAUUUCAUUACAUGGAUAAGACUAUGAUGAAAAAAUUAUAGCCACUAUGCUGUGUCCCAGACUGGAAUAUGCAGCAGUGGUGUGGUCUCUGCAUAUGAAGAAAGACAAAGAAGUUAGAAAGGAUUCAGAGGGCUGCUACAAGGAUGGUACUGGAGCUGAAAAACCUAACAUAUGAAGAGAGGUUAAAGGAAAUUGGACUGCCAACUUUGCAAGUCAGAAGAGAAAGAGGAGAUCUAAUAACGAUGUAUAAAAUAGUUAACCAAAUUGAGAAGAUAGACAAGCAGGAUCUGGUGUUGCUGGAAGAAGAUGAAGAUGGACGGACGAGAGGGCACUCAAAGAAGAUCAGGAAGAGUCAGUGUUUGAGGGACAAGAAGUAGUUUUCCACAUAGAACUGUGGAUAUCUGGAAUGGCCUAAACGAGGAGAUUGUCACAGCACCAAACGUGCAUAAAUUUAAGGAAAUGCUGGAUAAAUAUAGAUAUGGAGACAGGACACUAUGAGCCUUGCUCAAAGCCUGUAUUAUACAACUAGGUAAACACACACACACACACACACACACACACACACACACACACACACACACACACACACACACACACACACACACACACACACACACACACACACUGAAAUACAACACCACAGCUACCAGGGACUCUACUCAGCAGACAGUUGCUGGGAUUGGCACCUUGCAAAACAUUCCAACAAUUGACAAGACUUCCUACACCUAAUUGCUGAUGCCUCAAGUGCACUCUGCUUCCCCAUACAAUCACUCGUCCAACAACACCCAACAAUAAACACUAAUCACACAACCCAUCAUUAAAUAUAUGGUAUUAAUCAAGUCCUUUCAGUAUAUACUAGUAGCAGAUAAGUACUGUCUUCUGAUCCACCCACACAACUGUUCACAGACAUACUACACGGCUCCAAGAAAAGGUUACUACACAAACAUGAACUCUUCUUUAUGCUGAUACACUUAUAUACCUUGGAACAACAGAUGAGAAACACCUGGUUUUCGGUGAGGGGUUAAUAUCCAUCUGUACACCAUUAACCAUUAACUUGCCUUUGAAUAGACAUUAUUAUCCACUAAGCCACAUUGCCUAACACCAGAAUUAUAGUAACUGACCACCCAGUCUACCCAAUGCCUCCACCAAAACUCCAUCACGGCUUCAUCAGCUGCAUUAAACUGUUGAGUCAUUCUUUGAAUCUUCACCUGUGCCACAUUUAAGCAUGAUAGAAGGGAACGACUUAAACAUGUGAGCAGGAGGCAUGUAGAUAGGGAGAGAUCACUCCUGAAGAGUGAGGCAUUAGGGAAAGAUAGAUAUGGUACAAAUCUCUUUAUCUGAUGCCUUGUAAUUCAGAUUGUCUGACAAUUCAAAAUUUUGGAAAAGGAUGAUAAAAGUUAAGAAAAUACAAAUUAGCUUAGCUGAUGGGUCAUAAACAUCCCAGAAAAUUGUCUUGUCUUAAAAAUCUGCUUCCCAGACUUAAUUGAAACAUUAUCCAUGGCAACAGUGCAUAUGAACAGAGAAUAUUUUGUAGUGUGUUAUUUAUUAUCAUUGUCAUACAAAAUAACACCAGUUGGGAGUAAACACAGUACAGCCAUGCAAAUGUGGAAAUCUGCAAGCAAAGCAGUGACUGGCCGGCCGUGUACUGAGUGCAAGGCGCUGCGCCGGUCUGCUGCUGCAGGUUGUCCUGUGGUCAUCAAGGUGAGACACCUUCCUCACAAAACCUUACUCCAGAAUGCAAUAGUUAUUUUAAUAAUAAAAGAAGCACUGCAAGGAUGUUAGUGGCCAGGAAUAAAAUGAUCACCAUAAUUUUAAUGGCUCUGAAGAUUGAUAAAAAAUAGUCAUUUUAUAUUUGUCAUGUUUUAAAACUGAUCCAUAUUAAGUUUCAUGUUUUAAAAUUAAUCCACACGUUUUAUCUAUUCAUAUAUCUCUGUAAUGCCUCACUGCCUCCAGCAGUGUUCCCCAUGGGGGUGGCCACAACUGAACCUCCACCUCUUCUUACCCAAAACAUUCCCUCUUUGCUUGUUCAAGUGCUUGGCCUCUUCUGACACCUCCCUCACACAAGUAUUCCUUCACCCUGUCCUUCCAUCCUCCUUGUGAUCUACCUUUCCUAUCAACACCUUCAACUUUGCUUGCAUACAUAGACUUUCUUUACAAACUUCUUGCUCUUCCUCCUCUCUUUAUGGCCAUACUAUCUCAAUGCAUUCCUUCUCAUCCAUUCCACCAUUCAACAUUUGCAUGGACACUCAUAAUUUUUUCAUACAUACUUUCAUUGUUCAUAUCUUGUCACUCCACACAUAAUUCCACACCACACACUCUGAUUGUUGUUCUGAUUUAAAUGUCAUGUUGGGAAGAAGAAUACUAUUCCUUCAGCUUCUCUCUUCAGCUAUAGACACAUUUCUUCCUUUAAUGUCUCUUGCUAGUGAUCUUGUGAUCUGCCUGCCUUGUACAACCCUCUUUCUUAUCUUUUCAUCCAUCUCAAUGUUUCCCUCUCACUGUUCCCAGAUACUUCAUUACUUACCUCCCCACUCUCUCCUCCCAAAACCACCUCACACCUUCCCACAGCUGUCACACUCACCCUACAAGGUAUCCUAAAGUCACACACCACUUCUCUCCUCACACACCGCCACCUUUCUUUUCUCAGUACAAUUCACCUUCAGUUUCUAUCUCUCAACACACGCUAUGGAAUUGGUCCACUUCCCUCUGAAGCUUCUUUUCACUCUCUGCUACUAAGACUGUCAUCUGCAGACAGACAUGCUUCUGCAACUCAUGCCACCCCAUUUCGUUUUGCACCAACAUUUCCAGAAUUCCGUCAUCUUCUCUCUGCCUUCAUCACUUCCAGUAUCUACAGCUGCAUACACACACAGAUCCAAGCAUACCUAACUAUCCCUACUUUUCUCACAGCUCACUCUCUUUUAGAUCCUUGCCAUUCAUGUGCCUCUGUUCCCUUCUGUGCUAUUGAGAACAUGCUGAGUGCACAUCCUCCUCCCUUGUUCCUCUCAUUCAUACCUCACCACAUAGUCCCUCCUUCCACUACCUCGCACACCUCUCUCUCUCACUUCCAUUGAUGCAGCCUGUCAUUCCUGAAGUCUUUAUGUGUGUCUUGUAUUCCUGCUACAUCAAUUCUUCCUAUCUUCUCUUGUAUUAUAAAAGUUUUACUUACUGUUACUCUUUUUAUCACUGACGUUCCUGUGACUGACUCACGUGUUUGUUUACUUGGUCUCUCAAAGCAGGAGUAGUGUAUAAGCUCUUUGCCACUCACACAGUGUGUGUACAAUAUCUAUUUUGGGAGUUUUAAUGGAAAGUAAUGGGACUUCAUAAGGUUUUAUUAAGCACAUGAAACUUUAAAAUUGUGUAUACUGUAUAUAUAUAUACAUUGUAUAUUUGUAUGCAUUACACAUAUAUGUCCCG